AUGCCGCGUUUGCUUCAUGGGACACUUUUGGCAACGAUAUAUGAGGUUGAUAGGCUAUACAAUGGAUGUGGGCUCCACUUAUUGUGGAAGAUUGUUGGAUCCGAACUCUAUGCAACAGUUGAUCUUGAUAAGGCCAGGGUUGGCCGGACCAGAAUGGUAAACGAUCCCAACAAUCCCAAAUGGAGGGAAGACUUUCACAUCUACUGUGCUCAUAAUAUCUCACACCUUAUAUUCACUGUCAAAAGUAACGAUCUGAUUGGGGCAACUCUGAUUGGAAGAGCUCAUAUACCUGUUGAAGAAAUAAUCAAGGGUUAUGCGGUGGACAGAUGGGUUGAAAUAUUUGAUGAAGAUGGAAAUCCCAUCUAUGGAAAUUCUAAAAUUCAUGUCAAGUUGCAAUUUUCCAGUGUUAAAGACGACUUCCAUUGGUCUCUGGGGAUUAAAAGUCCCAAGUAUGAUGGUGUUCCUUGGACAUUUUUCAAUCAAAGAGAGGGUUGCAGGGUUACACUAUACCAAGAUUCCCAUGUCCCGAAUGAUUUUAUUAGUUACAUCCCUAUGUAUGAGCCCCAGAGAUGCUGGGAGGACAUCUUUGAUGCGAUCACUAAUGCAAGGCACUUCAUUUACAUAACCGGGUGGUCUGUGUACACUGAAAUAACCUUGUUAAGGGACCCGAGUAGGCGAAAAGAUGACAUUACACUAGGGGAGCUUCUUAAGAGGAAGGCAAAUGAGGGUGUUUCAGUUCUUUUGCUUGUUUGGGAUGACAGAACUUCUGUUGAGGAACUGAAGAAGGAUGGUUUGAUGACAACCCAUGAUCAAGGGACCGAAGAAUACUUUCUAAACACGAAAGUGCAUUGCUUCUUAUGCCCCCGGAACCCUGAUGUUGGAAAAAGCAUAAUUCAAGGUUUUCAGACUGCAACAAUGUUCACUCACCAUCAGAAGACAAUUGUAGUUGACAGUGAGAUGCCUGGUGGAGAAUCCCAAAAAGAAGGAUUGAAAGGCGGUCCAAGGGAGCCCUGGCAUGAUAUUCAUUGCAAACUGGAAGGGCCUGUUGCUUGGGAUGUCUUGUACAACUUUGAGCAGAGGUGGAAAAAGCAAGUUGGUGAAAAGUUCUUAAUUUCACUAGGCAAGCUUGAAGAAAUCACAGUUCACCCACUAAAAAAUAUGUUCUCAAAUGUCAAGGAGUCAUGGAAUGUUCAGUUGUUCAGAUCUAUUGACAAUGGGGCUGCUUUUGGCUUUCCUGAGAAACCUCUGGAAGCAACACAGCUGGGCCUUGUGAGUGGGAAGAAUAACAUCAUAGACAGAAGCAUUCAAGACGCAUAUAUCCACGCCAUUCGUCGUGCCAAAAACUUCAUUUACAUAGAGAAUCAGUACUUCCUUGGAAGCUCAUUUGGCUGGAAAUCAAAAGACAUUAAGGAUGAGGAUAUUAAUGCUUUGCAUCUUAUACCAAAGGAGCUCUCACUAAAGAUUGUUAGUAAAAUUGAAUCAGGGGAGAGGUUCACUGUCUACAUUGUUAUCCCAAUGUGGCCAGAAGGUAUACCUGAGAGUGCUUCUGUUCAAGCUAUAUUGGAUUGGCAAAGAAGGACAAUGGAGAUGAUGUAUACUGAUAUCUCUGAAGCCCUUCUGAGAAGGGGUUCAAAUGAACACCCCAAGGACUAUCUGACAUUCUUCUGCCUAGGCAACCGGCAAAUGGAGAAGGAUGGAGAAUAUAAACCUCCAGAGACUCCAGAGCCAGACACUGAUUAUAAAAGAGCUCAGCAGGCCCGGCGUUUCAUGAUUUACGUGCAUUCAAAAAUGAUGAUAGUUGAUGAUGAAUACAUAAUCAUUGGAUCUGCCAACAUAAACCAAAGGUCCAUGGAUGGAUCAAGGGACUCUGAGAUUGCUAUGGGGGCAUUCCAGCCUGAACAUUUAGCUACCACAGACCCAGCUAGGGGUCAAAUCUAUGCUUUCAGGUUAUCACUAUGGUUUGAGCACCUUAGAGUGCCUGACAACUCCUUCACGCAUCCAGAAUCUUUGGAAUGUGUCCGAAGAGUAAAUCAGAUUGCCGAAAAACACUGGGAUCUCUACUCAAGCGACACACUUCAUCAAGACCUUCCAGGUCACCUUCUUCGCUACCCUGUUGGAGUAAGCAAGACUGGAGAUCUAACAACACUGCCAGGCUUCGAACAUUUCCCCGAUACCAAGGCUCGAAUUUUCGGUAAUAAAUCUGAGUACCUUCCUCCAAUCCUCACAACCUAG